UUCAUUCCCGGCGGCUCCGGCGCGGCGUGAACAUGGCGGACCAGGCCAUCUCCUUCCUCAAGGACUUUCUGGCGGGCGGCGUCGCCGCUGCCAUCAGCAAGACUGCGGUGGCGCCCAUCGAGCGGGUCAAGCUCUUGCUUCAGGUGCAACAUGCAAGUAAACAAAUUGCUGCUGAUAAGCAGUACAAGGGUAUCAUCGAUUGUGUAGUGCGUAUUCCAAAGGAACAAGGGGUGCUGUCUUUCUGGCGAGGCAACUUGGCAAAUGUCAUCAGAUACUUCCCAACUCAAGCUCUCAACUUUGCCUUCAAGGAUAAGUAUAAGCAGGUGUUCUUGGGAGGUGUAGACAAGCACACUCAAUUCUGGAGGUAUUUUGCUGGUAACCUGGCUUCUGGUGGUGCAGCAGGAGCCACUUCCCUCUGCUUUGUCUACCCCUUGGAUUUUGCAAGAACCCGUUUGGCUGCUGAUGUUGGAAAAGCUGGCGCAGACAGAGAAUUUUCUGGUCUAGGAGACUGUCUAGUCAAGAUCACCAAGUCUGAUGGUAUCCGUGGCUUAUAUCAAGGGUUCAAUGUCUCUGUCCAAGGGAUCAUCAUCUAUAGAGCUGCCUACUUUGGGAUCUAUGAUACAGCAAAAGGCAUGCUCCCAGAUCCCAGAAAUACUCAUAUUGUUAUCAGUUGGAUGAUUGCCCAGACAGUGACUGCAGUGGCUGGUGUGGUCUCCUAUCCUUUCGAUACAGUGCGUCGUAGGAUGAUGAUGCAGUCAGGACGCAAAGGAGCUGACAUCAUGUACUCUGGAACAAUUGACUGCUGGCGGAAGAUUGCAAGGGAUGAGGGAGGAAAGGCGUUCUUCAAGGGUGCAUGGUCUAAUGUUCUGAGAGGCAUGGGGGGUGCAUUUGUUCUUGUGCUGUACGAUGAAUUCAAGAAAGUCAUUUAAACAGCCUAACUAGAGUUGAAAAUCAAGUUGAGCAGAUCAUGUAGAAUAACAACCAUUAUGGACCAUUGACCUUCAAGAAAUUCCUGAGAGUCUUAUUUAUCAGAGCCCAAUGAUACUUGUAGAUGGGGCUGGAAACUGUCAAUUGAGGACUGAUCCAUUUCUUAGUAACAUGCAUGAAGACACUGAAUCUGGCAGUUCAGUGUGGUGAUUUUCUAUUUUUUUUUUUCAGCAACGACAGACGUUGGUUCUAGGUCCAAAGUGGCUGGGUCCAGUUUAGGCAGAAAAAAAAACAAAACAUUUGCCUGUGGAUCAGUCCCCAGUUUCAAGUCCUAUCUUCUAGGACCAUACAAUCAUAUUUCAAAGUACUUGCUAACAAAUCAUGUUCUUUUCCACUUGUACUGAAGCACUAUAUACCAUUUUGCACAGCUGAACAUCUAGCAAUUUUGUUCUUAAAUUGGGGCAUUUUGCUGUAAAACAAUAAACAUACUUACUCUGUGUUGAAAUUAUUACAUAAAAGCUUUGGGAAAGCCUCUUUUGUUUGAAAACUUGUUUCAGAUAAUGGUUCCUCUGAUACACUUAAACACUGCACUCUGUAACCAAGUUGACAUUUUUAAAGAAAUAAUUGAAUGUGAGAACUUUAACUGGCGGAGGAGGGCAGGGAAGCAUGGGUCAUACUAACAGAAAUUACUCUUAUUCUCUGUGCCUGAUAGUGUAUGAUGGGCUGCUGCUGCAAGUGGCUUUUUGCAUGAUUCUUAAAUUGAUCUGCAACUUUUCAUAUUAUUUUAAAUCGAGGGUUUUCUGUUGUAGUUUUAGGAGAACCCAAAAUCCCGAGGACAGUCAAAAAGUAAUGCUCUUGCCCUUGGUAAAAUAGCUUAAAGUGAUUUUUCUUUUUUUUUUUAAUAAAAAUAAAUAUAGAAAGCAACAUGGCAUUCAUGCAAAAACCCAGGAACCUAGUAAAUGCCUUCAACUUCUGAAUAACCUGUGUAUUGUUUUGUUGCUGCUAUUUGGAAAUGCUGAUUGUGCCAUACAAGAUACUGUCUGGCCUGAUUUGUAGCAGUGGUCAGUCCCUUUGUGGACGGUGAAUUUAAUCUGAAAUAACGCUCAUUCUAAGAGAUGAAGUUGAUGGGGGAUGUGGGAAUAUAUAUGCUUCUGCAUAGCUGUAAAAUAGAGAUAUAGGUAGGUCAGCCUUCAAUAUUAACAGGUCAAAGUCUGCUUCUGGGGAAGAACUGAAACAAUUUCACACACUGCUGUUUGAGAUAAUAUAAUACCUACGUGCCGUUCUUCAUAUGUAUAUAAUCUUACUUUUGUACUUUGUGAUCUGCAAAGACAUAGAGGGACCAGUAAAGGACGACAAGGUGUUCAUCCUCCAGUCAUAUUAAGAACUCUCCCUGUAUCUUGAGAAAGAAACAGUUUGUCACUGUAUGAGUCAUUGAAGGCUGGCUGAGCUGUCUUGAGUUCUUUUGUGUGCCUUCUGAGAUUGCUGUUCAAGAUGAAAUAUUUAAAUUAACUACUUGGCUUUGGUUUAUUAUUACCUUCCUCAAGCAAUUUAUACUUUUUUUUCUUUUACUGUCACACAAGCACUGCUUUUAACAUCAUAUGUGAAUGUAAGUACACAGCUGCUUUGUAUACUUGCUUGUGGCAAACCUCAUGUACCUACUGCAGGUGGUUUUAUCCAAUUUGGUAAUGCUUGCUCCCUUGUGAUGCAGGCAGGUCACUUGAUGCUGACCUUGGCAGACAGUCUGCAGUUUCACUUGUGAUCAUCGAUUUGGGAGGACUGGGGAAGAAUUUUUGUCUAUAAAAACACAUUGCUUAGAUUUAUUUUCAAUGUCGUUGACUUCAGGGGUUCAGAUUAUGGUAGGAUACUUUGUGUGGGAUGGCCCAGGCUUUGUGAGGAGUAAUCAAGGGACCAUUAGUUCAGCAACCCCUGAAAGGGGGAGGAUACUUUUCAUCUUGCCUUCCCCCCUCUCUUCAGAACUAGGGUUUUAACCAGAAGAAAUAGGAAAAUAAAUUAAUGCAAGUUUACCUAGGCUGUGCUUUCAGCAUGUGCUACUUGGUGUUUCAGGUUUUGUUGGGUUUUUUUUGGUUUUUUUUUUUAGUCUAUGGUUUCCCUUUGUCAUGCAGCAGCAAUGUAAUAUGUGGUUAUGCAGUGGGGGAACAUCAGAGGCAAACAAUA